UUACAGAGGUUACUUUCACCUACUUUAAAAAAUGGUCAAUAUAUUCCCAAUAUCUACCUUUUAUUAAAACAAAACCUUUAGGUAAUAACCAUAACAACCAAAACUCAAGGACAUAGAAUAUCAUAUCAUCAUAACCUUACACAAACAAACAAGAGGUAGAGGAAACUUUUUGCAGAAAAUAGUCUACAAAAUAUAUUUAUUUAUAUAUAUACUGACUCUAAUUUCUCUUUCUUCUAGUAUUCUGAAAAAGCAAAGUUUUUUUUUUUGGUCAUAAAAAAAAUAUAUAUAAAGCAAUAAAAUAAUGGGUAGGGGAAAGGUAGAGCUAAAGAGGAUUGAGAACAAAAUAAAUCGUCAAGUUACAUUUGCAAAGAGAAGAAAUGGAAUGCUGAAGAAGGCUUAUGAACUCUCUCUCCUUUGUGAUGCUGAGGUUGCUCUCAUUAUUUUCUCUAGCCGUGGAAAACUCUAUGAGUUUUGCAGUGGAACUAGCAUGGCCAAGACAAUUGAACGGUAUCAAAGAUGCAGUUAUGGAGCAUUGGAAAUAAACCACCAACCUGAAAUUGAGACACAGAAGCGCUAUCAAGAGUAUAUCAAGCUAAAAUCAAAAGUUGAAGCACUACAGCAAACACAGAGGAACAUUCUUGGAGAAGAAUUGGAGCAGUUGGAUAUCAAUGAGCUUGAGCAGAUAGAACGUCAGGUAGACUCUUCCUUGAAGACAAUCAGGUCAAACAAGACACAACAUAUGCUUGAUCAACUUACGGACUUGCAAAAAAAGGAAGAGAUGCUACUGGAAACUAAUAAUAUUCUGAGGAAUAAGUUGGAGGAAAUUAAUGUGACCCUUCAACCAACAUGGGAAUCUAGGGAGCAAAAUGCAACCUAUAGUGACCACCCUCACCAAUCAGAGGGAUACUAUGAGAAAGCACGUUGCAAUAGAACAUUGCAAAUUGGCUACAAUUCUCAGGCGUUAAAUGAAUCAGGUGGAGAUGCAGGAACCUCAUCUCAUACUGCCAAUGACUUCAUGCAUGGAUGGAUGAACUGAAUUUAUAAAUUAAUUUAACAAAAGAUUCUGAAAAAUUAAAGCUUUUGUUUUCGCCUAGAAUAAAAGGCUAUAGAUGUCAUGCAACAUAAAUUCUUAAUGAGACAUGUUUCUUUGAGGAAUUUGGAAAAUUCUUGCCAAAUUCCAUUUAUCCAAACUAUAUUGA